UUUCAAUGGCCAUCUGAAGGAAGGAACUGCUCAGACUGGGGGGUCACUCGCAAGGGGUCUCCUUGCUCACAACUUGGGGAAAAUCAACAACCACUAACACACAAACAAACCAAAUUUGAAACACCCAGAGGAGGAGAUGCUCUCAGAAACAGCAACCCUCUGAAUCUCUGCGCAGGUCCGCUUCAUUCUUCAUCUCUCUGUCUUUACACCUCAGUUUCCCCCGCAGCUCCCCCCGUAUCUCUCUCAGCUUAAGCAUUGAAGGAUCUUCUAAAUCAGGAGGCUAAAAGAAAAGUUGCCAAUAAUUGAGGUCCUGACCUGCCUACAAUAGCCUCCAAAAUUAGGUAUUCUGUCACAAGAUCUACAUAUGUCGAAGAAAACAUUUCAGGUAGCUAUGCUGCCAUGGUUUGCCAUGGGGCACCUAAUCCCAUACAUCAACAUCUCCAACAAGCUUGCCCAAAGGGGCCACAGGAUUUCUUUCUUCAUACCCACAAAUACAAUACCCAAGUUUGAUCAUUUGAAUCUUCACCCAGACCUCAUCACCUUUAUUCCAGUCACUGUUCCACACGUCGAUGGCCUCCCUCAUGGUGCUGAAACAACCACAGAUGUUUCGUAUGUGUUGCAUCCUCUAAUCAUGACUGCGAUGGAUCUUACACAACCCUCCAUUGAAGCUUCUCUGAAACAUCUCAAACCCCACUUUGUAUUCUUUGAUUUGGCUCACUGGAUACCAGCCUUAGCUCGUCGUUUGGGCAUUAAAUCUGUACAUUAUUCUGUCGUUAGCCCUGCAGCAUCGGCUUACCUGUUUGUCCCGGGGAGAAAACUCCAUGAAAAACAGUGGGCACAAUCUGAAUUUAUGAAACAACCACCAGGUUACCCUGCCUCAUCCAUCAAGUUAGCUUCAUAUGAAGCUCUUGCCCCAGUUGGUCUAGGAGUAAACAAAUUUGGUAGUGGAAUAACCUUCGCGGAACGUCUUUCUAUCUCCCGCAGUGAUUGUGAUGCCAUAAGUUUCAAAACUUGUACGGAAAUUGAAGGGCGUUUCUGUGAUUACAUUGAAAAGCAGUACAAAAAAACAGUUAUUCUGGCGGGCCCGGUCAUGCCGGAUCCACCACCCGCUGCAACCCUGGAAGAACGAUGGGAAAAGUGGCUGGGAAGUUUUGAACCCAAAACGGUGAUUUUCUGUUCCCUUGGAAGCGAGUGUAGACUAGGGAAGGAGCAGUUUCAAGAACUGGUUCUGGGUUUGGAGCUCAGUGGUAUGCCAUUCUUUGCUGCCCUAAAACUACCUCUAGGGGCAGAAAAGAUCGAAAACAUAUUGCCGACUGGUUUUUUAGAAAGAACUCAAGGAAGAGGGAUAGUUUAUGGUGGUUGGGUCCAGCAACAAUUAAUUUUGGCACACUCCUCUGUGGGGUGCAAUGUGACACACUGUGGUUAUGGUUCUUUAUUGGAGGCUGUGAUAAAUGAGUGUGAAUUGGUGCUAAUCCCACAGUAUGGUGAUCAAAUUAUCAAUUCGAGGUUGAUGAGCGGAGACUUGGAGGUUGGAGUGGAGGUCGAGAGAGACAAGGAAGACGGGUUGUUUACCAGUGAAGGUGUAUGCAAGGCAAUAAGAUUGGUAAUGGAGGUUGAUAGUGAGGUUGGGAAGAAGGUAAGAGCCAACCGCGCUAAGUUGAGUGAGUUCUUGUCAAGGAAAAGUCUUGAUAGCUCUUACAUUGAUAGUUUCGUUCAGAAACUGCAAGGACUUUUAGGGAUGACAUCGCCUUGACGAAGCUCAUUUCGCAAGGGCUUUGCACUAUUAUGUCGAUGCCUUCAACUUUUCUUUUGGCAAGAAAUGAUUUCGCCGUUUGAUAGAGAGGAAUGCAUCUUUUAAGUGGAAGCACUAAGCAGUGCUGAUCUUCCAAAUUAAGGUGGUCUUGUACUGAUGUACGUGGAUCAGAAACAUGAGUUAUUUUGGGCGUUUGGUUAUUUGAAUCAUAGCAGUUGUUUGCUUU